ACAGAAUAAUGCACUUCAAAUGGAUCCUUCAUAAGAAAUUGACAAUUAUAAAAUUUGAAAAAUGUUUGAACCUAAAUUCAAUAUUUGUUCGAUGUAUUAAUGAUCUCAGCUUUCUUAUAAAGUCAGCGAAUUUCCAGUGUUCCAGAGAUCAUGUCCUUUCCGGGCAUACCAAAUAUAGACCCUAAAUCCAUUAGACGAAAUGCACUGUCAGUCAGACAAUGGAGCAUCCUUUUAGGAGUUACACCUUCGGAACUAGUGAAUAUGUCGGAGCAUGAAUUGGAGCACAGCCUUAGUCUAAUAAGCAACAAAAUACCUCAACAUGAAGAUACAUUAUACCCGGAAAAGAUUCUACGAGGUACACCAGUUACUUUGAAACACAUUAGCGGUGACCUUAAUUUCGAUCAGGAUCGUGACCAUCGUCAAAAUGCCAAACGGUUGAUAUCUAAUUAUGAAGGCGGUAGUGUAUUUGAGGAGCCGACCGUACGGGAACAUUUGGAUUCCAUUUUGCCUGGGAAGUCAGAAUUCUAUACAGAAUUUGGAAGGAAUCAUGAACAUUUCCUGAAGAGGAACAUAACAAGGGAUCAAUCACAGGUGAAGGAUCUCCUAAGCGAAGAUUUCUAUCGUGAUUCUUCCGAUGAGAAGAUUAAUGUAACCGAUAUAUUGGAAGUACUUAUGUCACUUCCUUGGGUCAGGAUAUAUGUUGAAAAUUGGUUGAAGAACCGCCAAGACAAGAAAUCUGGGUUUCAUUACUGGUCUCACUAUGUGCAGCCGGCUGUCCAAAAUAAGCAGGCUUCUUGGCAAGAUCAAAUGCAAUCUCCGGAACUCUGGUCCUACCUUCCGAAGAGUCCAUUCCUAGAUAUACCACCUAGUCCUGCAAGUAUCAUUCGAGAUUGUCGAGGACACUCUAUUCGGGACUAUGUAAAUGAGUUUGGAAGAAAAAUUCAACCGGGAUUCUAUAAGGAACGAACAAGUGCUGGUUUUGGUUUAUAUUCAAAAGAUAUAUCACACUCAAGAAGGGAUUACUGUUCACUUCGAUUACCUAUGAAGCGAUGUACGUGCAGGACUCCUUCAUUGCGUGUGUAGUUAAGACUACAUUCACUAUUUUUUUUUUACUUUCGGAGGUUAACAGAAAGCGAAGGAGUAAGAAAUGAAAGAAAUUGCAUUUGUAA